UCCACGUGGGCGGGACGCGACGCACGUGUGCGGCCUGCGGCUCCGCGGCCGUGAGGCUUCUCUGUGAAGCAAUCAACGCGCUGGUGGCCAAUCAGCGAUUGUCCAGCCGCUGCUUUUGCUUUCUGGUGGUGGUCGCUUUACAAGAAUCUCCUCCUGGGCGGCGCGUCUCGUCGGUCGCGGGGAUGCGUUGACCGUCGCUGGCUGGUCACCGUCAUGCAGGCUCGAGAAGCAGAGGCGGCGGCGGCAGUGCCCACCCAGGCGAGGGCGUGCGGGGCUCGGCCGCUCUCUCCCGAGGAGCGGGAGAGGCUACAGCGCGACUCGGCGCUGGUGGCCGAGUUCAAGCAGACGAAGCUCGAGCAGGAGGCGCGCAGGAACUGGGACCUUUUCUACAAGCGGAACUCGACACGCUUCUUCAAGGACCGCCACUGGACGACCCGCGAGUUCCAGGAGCUCGGUGCCUGCAGAGAGCGUGAAAACCAGAGGCUGGUGGUCCUGGAGGCUGGGUGUGGAGUUGGGAACUGUCUCUUCCCACUCCUCGAAGAGGAUCCCAACAUCUUUGUCUAUGCGUGCGAUUUUUCUCCACGUGCCGUUGACUUUGUUAAGAGCAACCCCUUGUACAGUAAAGAGCGCUGCUUGGCUUUCCAGUGUGACCUCACUCAGAAUUCCCUCGUGGAGAAUGUGCCGGAAGGGACGGUAGACGCAGUGACACUCAUAUUUGUCCUAUCUGCUAUCCACCCCGACAACAUGGAUGCAGCUCUGCUUAAUAUCUACAAGGUGCUAAGGCCAGGAGGACGCGUCCUCUUCAGGGACUACGGUCUGCACGACCACGCCAUGCUGCGAUUCAAGCCUGGCCACAAACUGUCGGAGAACUUCUACGUCCGUCAAGAUGGAACCAGGGCAUACUUCUUUUCAGAUGACGUUGUGGAAAAACUCUUCAUCGGUACAGGCUACGAGGUGCUGGAGAAUGAAUAUGUUGUGCGCAAGACUGUCAACAUCAAAGAGGGGCUGAGUGUGCCCAGGAUUUUCAUUCAGGGGAAAUUUCAAAAACCCUCAGAUGAACAUAAACCUGCUUCGUGAUACUUCACAGUACAGUGGGGCUCCUGUGCAGUCAACUACAACUGUACACUGCUAAAGUCUCCCUGCACCUUUGCCUUCACGCAAUCCAACACUCUCCAGCACAAACUGGUCUUAAUGCUCCACUUCUGUGAUGCACGUCCACCUAUGGAUCAUUAGUCACCCUGUACACUCCAAAUGCGGUGCAGAACGUGACAGUUCAUAAUCACCAACAUUACUACCGCCACCAUUCUCAUCAUGACCAUAAUCCUUUUCCACAGUGGUCUACCCACAUCUGGACAAAGGCCUUCCCACCCCAUCGCAAUCCCUUUCAGUGCAGCGAUAACGAACUUCAUCUCACGCCUGCACGUGAACCCGUCUUCUCGCUCUACCUCCUCAGUGGUCAACUUUGGUGUUCCCCUUUGCUCCUGUGUACCGAAAAUGGCAUGCUAAUGCACAGCUGGAGACCAAGGAUGCCGUGAAGGUUGGUUAGAGCUAUCGCCUCUAAGAUGCAUAAUUAUAACUCCACAAAUUGGGAGAACUCCACAAAAGGCCCAGACCAAAUUUUCUCUGAUGGCUGAACGAGUGCAGAGGAGACCAAACAGCCACCGUUAAAAACUAGACAGAUUCCGGUCACUACUCUUUCUACCAAUGUGUCCUUCCCCCACACCUCUGAUUGGCAGAGUUGGCUAAGUUCCGUGCGAAAGAAGUUCAGCAUACAACAGAUACGUAAACUCAGAUUAAAUUAUACAAUUAAAAUCUUGGCUGAAUUUGUCUUGGACAGCGAAGGUGUCAAUAUAACCAGGUUCUAGGGCAAGGAGCCAAGGGAAAACAAAAGGGAGGAUGCAAUAGUUUGAGGCAAUUCGACACAAGUCAAAUAUGCAAGAACCGAAACUGUAAUCAGCUGAAUACUUAGGUUAUAAACAAAACAGGACUAGGAUUUAAAGGUAACCUGGUCUGUGCUCGUGUCUUCACCCCAGCCUGAGGUGCCAUAUCUAGGUGGGAUUCAGAGUCCAUCAAUCCAUGUAGGCACUCGCUUCAUUGCAUUUGUCUGAGCAGCUCAAAUUAAGUAGCCCCGACUGCAUCCAGAAACGCUCUGCGAGUCAUUGCUCUUCAGGGGCAACGUCCACUUCCUCAUGGCUCAUUCCUACUGCUCGUGGUGGCCCAUUCGUAAUGCUGGGGUAUGCGCCUCACCAUUCGUUCAUGUUGAGCUAAUGUGGGCGAUGCCCCACAAUCGUUUUCCACCAUAAUUUGUAUUUCAGAUAUGGGUAUCGCUAGUGGACCAUUUAAUUCCCUAGUUGCCCUGAAGUAGUGCUGGUCCUUCAAUUGCUGACAUCUUUACGGCCAUAGGACAGGCAGGGCACUAACGAUGCACAAAGCAGAUCAUGCUCAAGCUAAUUGGGACACUGCCCAGCCACAGUGCACAUCAAUAUUACCAUCAAUAUAUCAAACUCCACCAUCGUCACUACCACCAACAUCGAUAGUGCAUAGCAGGUCUCUCAAACGCGGUGGCAGGAGAAAUUUUCCGCCACUGUCAUGCGACUCCUGUUCACUGCAAAAUCGCUGUGGAUAAUGAGUUCCCGUGAACAGAUGGCAGGCCAUAGGUUUGCGGAUAAGAGCUAUUUUAUUUAACAGGUCUCUGCAGGGUGGGCUGGUAGAAACAUUGGAAUUUUGCGCAAUUUUAUUACACCCAACAGCACGAGAUUUCACUUCGUUAAAGUAUUGAAAGGGGACGGACGGACGGACACAAUCUAUUGCAGGCUGGUACACUCAGUUUACAACUUCGUUCCUACCAGUAACAGUAUUUUUAUAAUAAUUUUUGCAAUGCUGUUCAUUAUAAAAUACAUGGUUUUACCAUGAAGCACACUAGAGAAUGGAUAUGUUCUUAAGUACUGUAUUGUACUCGUUCUAAAGUCUUGUUUGCACAAUGUUAUUUGGGAGAUGUCACGCCAAUCCUUUGAAUUAUGCAAGGAGAAAAUGCAAGAGAUGUCUGUGACGCAGUAGCUCGGUGAUACAAUUACAAUAACACGAGAAAUACUAACCGUAAACUUUAAUUGAAAUGACUGAAUGCUAUGAAGCAUAUCAUUUGUAUAGAAUACGAAUACGUUUCAGGAUUUAAGCUGCAAAAAUAUUUCAAGAUGUAACAGGCAUUUUUUACACUGUUUAAGCAUGCAACGCAAAAUAUAUAAAAACAAAUCCUAUGUUCAAAAGAUUCCUUCUGUUCCUUAGUUACUAUUGAAAAGUUUCUCAAUGUAGAUGUAUAGCAAGAAGUAUUUUUUCAAUAAAGCAGAUGAAAACA